AAGAGGGGGACAAAGCAUUUCCUUUUUUUUCCCAUUUUGCAUCAUCACUUUGGAGCAAAAAAAAAGAAAGAAAGAAAGACGACAGUCAUUCACAUGAAGUGAGGAUUAAAGUGAGCAUACCUGGAGGAGGAUGAUGCUUCACACACUCCGGACGUUCAUUUUGGAUUUAGCAGCCGAAGUUUGACGUAAUUCCCCCCCCCCUCUCCCGGGGCAAUAUGGAUUACAGCCUGGACUGUCACCAUGGACGCAUUUCCUCAGGAGAAUAGAAAGAUACUCUCCUUGGAUUUGGAGGUACUCUGAGAAAGUUUUUGGGAAAGUUGUGAGCAGCAGCGGACGGGUUUCCAGAUGUCUCUGCGGAUACAGACAGCGGCUGUCUGAUGAAACACAUUCACACCCCAACCGGAAAGAAAAAAGUAGCACUUUUCUUUCUUUCUUGCAACUUUGUGGCUUCUGGGCAAUAAAUAUCUAUAUCUAUUUAUAUAGAUAUAUAUAUUUGCAAAACUUUUUUCUUUUGAUUUACUCUGGGGCGUUUCAUUCGACACUCCGAUUGGAAUAACGGGACUUUUCUUUCUUUCUGCUGGAAAUAGCGACUCGUCGACGUUUUAUUUUUUCUGGAAAUGUUCCGACACGAAAUAAAGGAGCCGUUUUAAAUUAAUAAGACUCGGACGUUAUGGUGAAAAUGUUAUUUGGGUGAAGUCGUCGGAAAACUCUCAAGGGAAGCCCCAAUGAGUGGCACACAGUCAACACUCACUGACAGGAACCCGAGCAUCCUCAACAAGGAGCCCACAGACAAGAAGCCCAAGAAUGAGAAAUCCUCCGUCUCUCUCAAACAUGAGUUUGACCCGACAGGUCUUGUGCAGCGCUGUGUGAUAAUCCAGAGAGAUGAAAAUGGCUUUGGGCUGACUGUAAGUGGAGACAACCCAGUGUUUGUGCAGCUGGUAAAGGAAGAUGGAGCUGCAAUGCGAGCCGGUGUUCAGACAGGAGACAGGAUCAUUAAGGUUAACGGGACCUUGGUCACACAUUCAAACCACAUAGAGGUUGUGAAGCUGAUAAAAUCGGGCUCCUAUGUAGCGCUGACGGUGCUGGGGAGGCCCCCGGGGCUUCCUCACAUCCCCCUGGAGGAGGGCGAGGAGGAAAAGAAGGAGGAAGGGGCAGAGGUCCGCCCACCCUCUGCUCUCUCAACGCCCCGCUCACCUGCACUGCCCGGCGGGGAGCAACGCAGCCUCCAGGAGCACACGGCCUCCUCUCCGCCUGACGGGGACGAGAACAAAACCGCUCACAGCCAGACGGUCAACAUCCUGCAAAAGAUGCUAACUAAGGAGCAACAGGAGCUACAGACAAAGGAGGAGGAGUGCAGCAGAAACCCUCGGCCCAAAUUACUGAAGGAGGUGCAGGAGGCCAGGAAGCACAUUUCUCUGCUGCAGGAAUGCAGAAUUCAAAUCAUUUCAGUCAACUACAAUAAGUUCAUCCUUCGAGCCGGAAUUGAACCAGCGACCUAA